ACCAAACGAGACUUGCAACCAACGUUGUGUUCCGGAGUUAGAGUUAACUUUCCAGCGCUGCCGAAAGUACAUAUAUUCAGCCAAUUGCAUGUAUUUCCGGCACAACGAUCUUCUCUAGAGUAAGGAGACACGAUCCAGCUAAGAUUAACUUCUAGUAGUAGCUAACUAUGUCUACUAGCUGCAUGCAAAAUAUGAAACUCUGUGGUGCAGCUGUUCCACUACUAGCCACGCUUUUUUCUCACAAAUCUACUGAUUGAAAUUCGGCCACGCCCAUUGCUUUCAAAACUAUCUUGCCACGUGGAUAAAUCGAAAGUGCUACUGUGUGAGACGUGUUUCCAGGUACUAGGUGCUUCUAGGCUCGCUUCUAGGUUACAUAUGGCUGAAGUACCGCUAAAAGAAAGAAUAUUUUAUAGCCGUACUAAGAAAGCUGCGACUGUUUGUGAAGUUAACUCAAAAAAUCGCCCACCGUCAUACAAGCAUUGGGAUUUGAAAACCGUAAGCACUGCUUGUUCAGCUAUUAGAAAUGGUACGUUGAGUCAACGACGUGCUGCUGAAGAAUAUGGUAUUCCUAGGUCCACACUGGGCGAUUACUAUCGAGGAAGCACUCUUCCUGGUGCCAAAAGUCUCUGAUGCAGAAGAAGCAGAACUGACCAGGUUCUUGAUUAGAUGUGCCUCUGUUGGCUUUCCUAAAACCAGAAGUAAUGUAAUUGCAAUUGUGCAAAGAGUGUGCGACCGUAAAGGAGUCAAGGUCACAGUCACUCAUGGUUGGUAUGAAAGCUUCACAAAGCGACACUCGGAACUAGUUUUGCGAAUUCCUGCUAAAUUGUCUGUAGCAAGAGCAAAAGCCACAGAUGGAGUGAGUGUUCAGACUGGGAGAAAGACUGAGACAGCUCCAGAUGACCAAGCUCCUGUCGUUGUCGUUGACCCUAAGAGCCCAGUGAAAAGCAGCGGGGAAAGUGCUACAAGGAACGUAAAAUCUACGCGCUCUAGAACACGCGCUGGAGUGAGUGUUCAGACUGGGAGAAAGAAAACAGACGACCAAGCUCCUGUUGUUGUCAUUGAUCCUGAGAGCCCAGUGAAAAGCAGCGGGGAAAGUGCUGCAAGGAAUGUCAAAUCUACGCCCUUUAGUACACGUGCUGGUGACUCGAAGGCAUAUAAGGUACACUUAUGAGAGUUCAUCUGGAGCGUUGCUUCAACAAUCGUGAACUGUCACGCUUCCCACGAGCUGCAAAAAAAAGGGAUUGCCCCAAGACAAUAGUCGCAAAAACGCAGGUUCCUGUAUACUGUAGUUGCCGAUAUUCUGAUGUGGAAGUCACAUCGAGGUUUGGGGAUAUGGCGUCAUGUGACAGUUGCAGUAAAUGGUACCACCAGGAUUGCGAAAACAUUCCGAACGCUGUUUUUAAUGAUACUCAAAAAACAUGGUUUUGUAUGUCGUGUAGCCAGUAAUAAUAAUAAUAUUGUUUUUAUGUUCUUUUUGUAGUCUAUUUUGUCUAUUUUGUCUGUGUUACC